GAAGAAGCGAGGGUGGAAGGGAAGAGGGAAAUUAAGCAGAAUUACGGCUGUCAUCCUUCCUGGAUUCAAUAAUUUGCGCUUUCAUCCGGGUAAAGAAUUAUAAUAAAUAAUAGGUGCCCGAACGCUGUGCUGUGAUUGAUGGUGCCUAUUUCCCAAGGUCGUUUCCCGUGGGGAUUUGGGAUUUAAUUUCGAGAACUUGUUUUCUUGAAAGGACUAGAGAAAUCGGCUACUGAUCCAUGGGCAUUGAUGAAACAUGUUGAUCAUCAAGUUUCUGGUUUAAACAUAACUAUGUUCAGCUGAUCUUUUCUGGAAGUUCACUAGACCAAACUGUCAUCAAGACAAAAUUCCGACACAUUUCCCAAAACUUGGCUGUGCAACGGCCGGGGUUGCAGGAUCGACUUCAGCCCCUGGAAAUCCAUCCUUCCUCUGGUUCAAAUGAUAACAUCUAAAACAACUUAUCCGGUUGACAUCAGCGCUUAAAUCAAGGAGCUAUCUUUGUUUUGGCUUGGGUGUCAUUUUGGUGAUGAAAAGCCGCAAGAUAUUACGAAAUUCUAACCUACCCCCGAAUACGAAGGACCCCUCCACACUUCAAAAUAUCCGUCCGACCUAUCCUUUCGAAUGCGCAGUGGAGCAUGGACAUCAAUAGACCCAAUCCUAUUCACAAAGAUACGAGAAUAGACUUCGAGAUGGUGGAUUGGUGCGUGGCCCGCAGAAGAGAUUCAGAGGAGCUGGACAUCGUGCUUGCACUUCCUAUUUGCAGGGAAGCUUUCGAUUGUCCAUCAAAAGGCUAGACAUGACUGUUUUUCUCAUGGACUUUUUCAAAAACCUUGCUUGUAACGAAGCGAUGUUGGUGGUUGUAGGGUACAGCGCCGUCGUUACCGCUGCCAAAGAAGUCGCAUGUAGAGCACAGUUGAGGCGCUCAAAUAGGAAACCGAAAUAGUCCCCGUAACAAAAGGCCCGCUGACUGGCUGGUUGACGCAUUGCUCCCAUGCCAGCCUGCCAUGCAUGGAGACAGCAUGAUCUUAUGCCCAUCAAGAAGGAUGAUUGGCAAAUCCAAUGAAAAUGCGGGCCCGUGCAUUCAGGCCUGUCCAUUCCUAUUCAUAUCCUUCCACACUCUGCUGAAGGAAUGCAUGCUUGCCAAACAUGCACACUUGUGGAAACCAACAAGUCGCUUUAGUGUUCUCAUUUGAUGGCUGGGCUAUUGCGAAUCACCAUUCAGUUAAGAAGGGUUGCUUGAUGACAAACAGCUGGCAAACCCAACCAAGCAAAAUCCAGCCCCGCCAGCCACCCAAACCAGCCCAGGCUUGCCCAGCCUCACUUUGGUUUGUCCACACCUGCUGGGGGGAACACCGGUCCCCAUUUUUUAUCCCAGCUUAAUAGGUCGAGUGUUUGCAUUAUCGCAAUGUUUCUUAUGCAGAGAUACUAGCCGCAUCCGAUUAAUUGUGUCUCGCCCAUACAAAAUUCAUACUUUAUCAGCCCUGUUUCUUCCAAGGUUCCCGUGCUGGGUGUACAGAUCCCAUUGCAUUUCGCUAAGAAUCAAAGCGCUAUCUCAACCUUGCCUCCUUUGUGCAUGCUACCUGAUGAUUUCGUCCAGAAAAACAUGGCUCGUUAGUGCCCACAUCAGCAUAUAUCAUGUGAUUUCGAUGUUGGGCUAAUUCCAUGGGAUGUAUCAAAUUCACCUGAUUCAUGCCGUAAGCGCUGCCUACAUGAAUGCAUGGAUUCUAGCUACUGAGCAAAUUUCAGAGAGUCAACUUGUGUAUGGGCCAGAUUCCGGACCAAGACCAGGAGGUUAGGGUGAUAAUCACGAUCGCAUUGGAGAACUAUAAUAUAAGUAAAAAGCAGUGAUCGUUCAAGCUCAGAAGUCAAAAAGUACUAGUGUACUAUACAUUGAGGCAAUUAAAAUGCGGGACAAAAAUAGUGUUUCGGAAAGCCCCGAAAUCCGAAGCGGCAACAGGACGACUUGAAUCUCUAAUCUUGAGGAAUCAUGAUCAUUUCGCCUCUUCAUGCCCUUCUACGGUUCUUACUCUGUCACAGCGCCCUACUGUAGAUCAUGUGAUAUGUCAUCCAACACGCAGGUAAGAGCGGCAAAAUAUUACUUGUCACUGAUGAUUGGCCAGUAUCCAAAGCGGUCCCCAAAAUGACGUAUACACGCCUCUGAGAUGAGGCUGAAGUGCCAAUCAGCAGGUCCAAAACGACUCAAAAGUGUUCAACAUCGCCUCCACCAAAGGAGUUCACCAAGGGAAGAACGAGACCUUGGAAUCUUCCAGAACCCAGCUAAUGGGAGUUUUGCCAACACUUUGGAAAGUCACGGCAUCAAUCUGAUAACUAAUAGCCUGGUUGAAAGGUGGUAGACAAGCCUGUGGGACGGAAAGGGACCCUCAUGAUUCUUAUGUGUCUAUUAUUAUUCUUGAAUCCAGCGAAUCCAGCCUUUAGUUAGGAUUAAAUUUAUUACUAAGAACCAUGAGUUAGUCGAGCAUUGCAUGAGAGAGACUCCUCAAAGCCUCGCCUAUUAUUUUGGUGGCAAGUGAGGGGUAGGGUACGCGCCCUGCACCUUUCGAGUGCUAUGGGACCUCAUUGGAUGUUCGUGCCCGAGCGGCGAGAGGAGGUAGGUACAGUAGUAGUACAUCGGGAAAGCUUCGACAGCCCCUUAAAAAUAACUCUAGUUCUUCGGACAGAAAAAAAAGGCGCUACAACAGUUCUACAGCGUAAGCGUUUUGUCCAAGCGACUCUCCUGCUGGGGAUGAUCGCCCUCAGUAAUUCUCAGCACGCUCUUCUCACCUCACCUCAUCGCGGGAUGGAAAACUUCUUCCAGCCCACCCACCGACCUGCAGAGAUGCCAGCCACUUGGAUGUUGGAACGAGCGGCUGGUUGGGCAUUAAAACUCCACCACCCACCUGGACAGCUCACUAGAAUUGUCAUACUAGCCCUAGAACAUGCCAAUCAGUACUUCAAAAAAUUGUUGAUCAAUACCAGCUCCACGGACGCCAUCAUCCAGUAACCCCAGGAAUGCAUCAUCCCAUGAACUUUUGGGUUUGAUGGUCCGCCAUCGUCGAACCAUCACAACUUUCACAAGCCACCUGGGGAAUAAUUGGGUCUGUCAGAACGGAGUACGGAGUACGGAGUACUGGGUAAAAGAUGAACUCGGUGGCGGACGGAUUCCUCAUAAACAAUAAAACUUCUGGCCCUCUCAUUACUUUGGGUAUUUACAGGCAAAACUGAAUAUCAUUAUUAAACCCAACCGGGAAAUUCUUAACGCUCCCACGAACCUCGCCCUAAAAGCGGAUGUUUAUUUCGAGUUUUACUUUUGUUACUGAUAUAAUAUCAGCUCAGAAGAUUCAUCCGUCAAGCUUUUUGCGGGCAGCGUCAUUUACAAUAAUCAGUUCGAUGAUAUUUCAACUACAAGGUUGAGGAAAAGGAUCGUAUCUGCCACUGCUUGGCGUACCUCUCGCCUGAUAAGAACUGCGCGGAAAAACAAGGGCGGCCUGUCGAAACAACAGAAAUGAGAGGGGACCUUUUGCACUCGGUCAUUUUGUUGAUAGGAGUCUUUAAUGUAUGGCCUGCCUGUUUGAACUUAAAGAGUUUUGCAGCAUUUUGACUGCCAUCGGCGCCUCUGAAACCGUUUCUAAUUUAGCACACUGAAGCCUGUUCGAGAGACGGGCCCCCGCAUUGGAUGGUGGCAGAAGGAUGACGGUGCACAAAUCUAUGACGGACAUGGAUGAUAUGGUCAACAGACCAAAACACGGGCGAUUCUUGGAAGUCGCUCAUGGUUCCUGAGUUUCGGGGGUUACCAAACUACCAGAAAUAAUCGCCGGCUGGCACGAGUAGUUUGUUCGCUCGAGAUAGUUAACGAUAAUAAUUAUGAAAUAAUCAACGGAGCAAUAAUAAUAAAUAAUAAUAAUGUCUGUCUCUCAGUCCUUGCUUGAGUGUCAUGGGCCAGGCCCAAUCAGCUAGCUUGCUACAAAACUGCGAACCCUGCACCACCACCACCACCACCACCACCUUGCUUUGGAAGACUGAUGACUGUGCUUUGAUACCACUUUGCGCAACUAGGACACAAGGGGCGGUGUUGCUAGCCUGUGCUGGAAACUACGCUCAAAGAAGGGCACGGAGCAUCGCGGCCCGCCACGUAUUGGAGCAUCGAUGAUUCAUUCGGGGCGAUGAAUGGCCCGCCCCUAAGGACACUUCUGCCUCCUUGACUCGAUGCUCUUUUCAUGCUUGCUCAAGAGGUCAAUAAUAAUAUAAUAAUAAUAAUAGUAGGAUCAUCGAUGAUAGACCAGCACCCAGGCAGCGCUAGCCAAAAAAAGCGAAAAACGCCCACACCACACACCAACAACGCCGCCCAUAGCAAGAACACUCACUAAUAACUAUGACAAUGCUCGCCGCAGCACAAUUUGGCUUUCCGUUUGCCCAGUCUUCGAGAUUCCCUUUUUCUUUCGAUUCUUUGCGGUAUACCCGGUCAGUUAAUGCCUUAAAAAGAACAUAAAAUAAAUUCAUGGAAAUUCAAACAAUAGCUACAAUAUAGAAUAAAAUAUAUAUAUAAUAUGAAAAUAUGAAAAAAAAAAAAAAUAUGAAAAUAGAAUAAAUUGGCUGAUACAGCGUAAGUCAUUAUUCAGUAUGGGCCCCCAAGUGUCCCUGCUCGUAGAGGGGCUAAAAUAGCCCCUUCUCUGGCUUCGUUGGUCGUAUGGUUUCGUGAGAGCAUCCACCAUCUCCAAUCAGAAUCAUCUUUCAUUUCUGGAGUGGGCUUGAUCUUUCUUUCAUUCUUUGCUUUUACUUUUCUUUUUUAGUUCAAUAAUUAUUAUUAAUGGCGUGUACACUAACAGUUCAGGGCGGGCUUCUGUUGGCGCUGCUCGGCACAACCUUCAUGCAAGCCUGCGCCUGCAGAGGUAGUUAACUAUAUGGUAACUAAGUUAAUGGGUUCAAGGAUCAAGCUAGCUAG